CUCAGAGAGGAGGACAGAGGACUCGGAAAAGAUGCAUUAAAGGGCGAUGAAGUUCUGUGAAGCGGUUUCUCGUCGCAGCGUUAUGUACGCACGUAUGAUUAAUUUGGUGUAGUUUAUUGCUACGUAGCACGGGGUGGAUUUUAUUACAAAGGAAAAAACGAUAGUCGAUAUCGGAUGGUCGCUGAAAGGAAGAGAGAAAGGGGGGUAAAUGAUUUUAAUGAUGACUUAUAGGCUACAGCGGACCGUCACUUAAUUUUGAAUUACAGCUUGAAUAGCGUGGAACUUCGCAGUUCUGAGGAAAUAACAAAAAAGCGUUUUAUUCGGUAAAGGAGAGAUGGAUGGAGAGACAGGCAAAGGAAGGGAUCUCUGACGAAAAGAACAACUUCCCUUUGGAAUAAACAAAAAAUGAUGAAUGAGCGUUUUUCCUGACUGGUCCGGCAAAACAGAAGGGACUCCACUUCAAUUAGCGGGGACAUCUGAGAACGCUUCUUUUUUAAUGCCAGAACUGAACAAUGACAGUGAACAAUGGCACAUAAUUACAAAUAACUCCGUUUUGUGGCUUUUCAUUCUGAGUGAGGUAGAGAAGUCAGAUAUUUUGCAAGCUUGCAGGCCGUGAAAGAGGUUUUGAAAUACUGGCUUGCAGCCGAAGUGUUUAGUUGGAAUUCAUGAGGAACGUGGGUGCGAUAUCUUACAGUUUUUCCAUUCCGAAGGCCAUUUUAUUGACAAAAUGUUAUUGUUUAUUAAAAUGUUUCAAGCACUUCCUGACACAUCUUUUUACUGAUGGAACCUCCCUACGAAUCCCAACUUUCCUGAACAUUCUGCAUGGGGUGUCACUCCUCUGGAAUAAAACCGCUCAGGAUGUACAGCAUUGCAUCUCACUGAUUCUCAAACACCAACCCAGUGAGAAGAAGCAUACUCACAGCCUGGCAAUCAACAGUCAAACAGCAGGAAAGAGAUCCAGUGAGUCAAUGUGGAGUACAUUAGCUUUCACUGCCAGAUCUCCCUCAGAGCUGAAACAGCACCUUCUCGGCUUUGGUGUCAGAAGGUGAAAGAAAACAAGCCACAAGUCCAAAUGGACUUCUGAGUCAUCUUCUGUAAAGAGUCAUUAAAUUGGUUGAUUGUGCUAUAAAAGGCAAGUGGAGGAUAGGAGAGCUUGCUGGUUGCAUGAUGGCUCCUGAAGGUAUAGGAGAGCUUCGAGACUUGCUCUUCUUCCUGCUCCUGUGCCUCACAUUAUUGGCUGAACUAUUGGAGAUGACUGCAGCUUCUGCACAGGGACUGGAUGGCGAAGGUGACAUAGUGUGCCCAUCUGUGUGUCGCUGUGAUGAGGACUUUAUUUACUGCAAUGACCGUGGAUUGAGCGCAAUCCCACCUCUACCACCAUCUGCAACUGUACUUUAUCUUCAGAACAAUCACAUUGACAAUGCAGGGCUUCCUAGGUCCUUGGAACAUCACACGACUGUGCGUGUUAUAUAUCUCUAUGAUAAUGAGCUUGAUGACUUUCCCAUGCAUUUGCCACCUUCAUUAAGAGAGCUUCACCUCCAGGACAACAAUAUUAGGGUGUUGCCAAGGACUGCACUUGCUAGACUUCCACUACUUGAAAAGUUGCAUCUGGAUGACAACUCUGUUUCUACAGUGAGUAUUGAGGACCAGGCCUUUGUGGACAACCCUCGAUUACGUCUCCUCUUCCUUUCCAGAAACCACCUUUCUAGCAUCCCAUCUGGUCUUCCUGCCUCACUUGAAGAGCUCCGUUUAGACGACAACCGAAUCUCUACUAUUCCCACUCAUGCCUUCCGAGGUUUGUCCUCUUUACGUCGCCUGGUCUUGGAUGGUAAUCUUUUAGCUAAUCAACGCAUAGCUGAUGAUACCUUCUCACGCUUGUCAAACUUAACCGAACUCUCCCUGGUCCGUAAUUCACUUCAAACACCUCCACUUAACUUGCCCAGCGCCCACCUGCAGAGACUCUCCCUUCAGGACAAUAACCUUAUACACAUGCCUCGGGGCUCACUCGAUGGAAUGCGCAGACUGCAGCGCCUAGAUCUCUCUGGAAACAAUCUGACUACCCUUCCCAGAGGAUUGUUCAGGGACUUGGACAGCCUGGGGCAGCUGCUUGUGCGAGGAAAUCCAUGGCAUUGUGGGUGCAACUUGCGCUGGCUACAUGACUGGCUGGAAGCAAAGGGGAAUACAAUUACAGUGAGAGGCUUUAUCUGCCAGACACCAGAGCGAGUCCGAGACAUUGCGCUUAGAGACCUCACAAAUCAGAUGGAUGAAUGUGAGUUGGCUGCUGCUGGUGGUGGUGGAGUAGGUACAGGGGUUGGCGUUGGUGGUAACAGAGUGAGUGGAGGAGCAGCAGGAGUCUUUUCUACCACUCUUUCUCCCCCUCAAGGGUCCCUGUUUACACUCAGGUCAAAGCGACCAGGCCUCGGUCUCCCAGAAACAGGGUUGGACUACACAUUAAGCAGCAGUGGUGUGGGGAAGAACCUGGCCCUGAAUGUGAAACCCCUAUCCCAUGACAGCAUCCGUGUUACUUGGAGCGUAGCGCAAACAUCUUCUUCCUUUCGAUUAAGCUGGCUUCGCCUAGGAACCAGCUCUGCCAUGGGGUCCAUCACAGAAACCUUGGUUAGGGGUGACCGGCGGGAGUAUCUUCUCACUUCCCUGCAGCCUGGUUCCAGCUACAUCAUCUGCAUGGUGCCUCUAGUAUCUAAUAGUGGAAGCAGGAGUAGUUUGCCUGGGGGGGACACAGAAUCAAAUGAGGUUCCAGUUUGUGCCAGAACAGAAACGUCUGAUCCGAGCCACCCUGAUGAUGAUGGUGAAGAAGAGAGAUCUGAUCAAUUGUCUUCUCUUCCUCUUGCAGGAAUUAUUGGAGGUGCUACGGCAAUAGUUUCCCUUGCUCUUAUCAUUGCCAUUUUCUGUUGGUAUGGGCACCGUGCAGGACAUUUAACAUCACGAGACCAUUACAGCCAUAGUAGCUCUCGCAAGAGCAAAAACUAUGAUGACUACAUUGAGUCAGGUACAAAGAAAGACAAUACUAUCUUAGAGAUCAGAGGUCCAGGUUUUCAGAUGACACCAAUGGCAACAAGGCAGCCCCUUCAACCGAAACCAGUGAGCGAGGAUUAUAUUAUACACACCAUCUUCCCCUCGAAUGGCACAGGUCUAUACAAACCAUCCCAAAACAUGACCAACUCUGGCUAUGGUACCAACCGUGGCUAUAGAGAAGGAGGCAUUCCAGAUAUAGAUUACUCCUACACAUGAUAGCUUUGAUCUAGAAACCAUAAUUAGGAGUCAUGUACUGCAUAGAUACACAGUUUUUAAUCAACAUGGGCUCUGCAGAAUCCCUUUGUGCCUUCUGGUCUCCAUUACAAUGUAGCCUGCUGUUCAUGACACUAUAAAACUUUUAAUUGGCCCAGAUGCUUAUAGGAAGCAUUAUAAAUGUGGUGCCAGGAGGCAAUGAUGCCAUUUCAGGUGGUGAUACCAAAUGCUAUUUUCACCUCCCAGUGUAAUGAUCAGUGUCCCUGACAUUGCUGUUUUAUCUCUGGCUGGUGCACUGAGGUGGAUUCAAGGGCAGCCCACACCGCAUUCAGCUCACAGACUGUUCACAGAGCUCAGUGCAUAUAUGGGAGAGAGGCAGUCUUCUAAUCGGAAAUAACCAACCUGCUGCACAUUUGGCUCCUAUGGGAUGAAUCUCCCUGAAUCAAGGAUUUGAACCAGGAUUGACAGGAAUCCUGCAUCAACAAGCCAACCUCUUUGCUCAGAGGAAACUGGAAAUGUGUUGUUUUAAGUGAUCCUUCUGGAAAAUGCAUGGGUUCACAUGCACAGUUGUUUUUUGGGGAACAAGCUGCAGAACAUGACUGCUAUUCCUAAUUAAAAUAGUGUCUGGACCAAGUAGAGACAUGGCCCUCAAAAACUACAGCAAGGUUUGAAAUGCCUCAAAAACUAAAUUCAUUUGAAUUCUUAUACACUUGAAAGCUGCCUGAUGCUACUACGAUAACGUCUAACAAGCGUUAUGAUGACUGUUCUAGUUUCAGACUGGUGUAAAGUUGAGAGGAUGAAUGAAAUGGCUUCAUGUGUCUUGAGGAACGUUUGAUUUUUAAAAAUUGCAACUGAACCCUGGUGUGUUGAUAGAUACAAACAAUGAAAGUUAGAUAUUGGACAUUGUCAUAACUCUGUUCCCUAGUUGUUUGA